AUGGGCUCCGACGUGCGGGAUCUGAAUGCCCUGCUGCCCGCUGUACCCUCGUUGGGCGGCGGCGGCGGCUGCGCCCUGCCCGUGAGUGGCGCAGCGCAGUGGGCCCCAGUGCUGGACUUUGCGCCCCCGGGCGCCUCUGCCUACGGCUCCUUGAGCGCCCCCGCGCCCCCGCCUGCCCCGCCGCCGCCGCCGCCUCACUCCUUCAUCAAGCAGGAGCCGAGCUGGGGCGGCGCAGAGCCCCACGAGGAGCAGUGCCUGAGCGCCUUCACAGUCCACUUCUCUGGCCAGUUCACCGGUACAGCUGGAGCCUGUCGCUAUGGCCCCUUCGGUCCACCCCCGCCCAGCCAACCGCCCUCGGGCCAGGCCAGGAUGUUUCCCAACGCUCCCUACCUGCCCAGCUGCCUAGAGAGCCAGCCUACCAUCCGUAACCAGGGAUACAGCACUGUCACUUUUGACGGAACACCCAGCUAUGGACACACGCCCUCACACCAUGCAGCACAGUUUCCCAAUCACUCCUUCAAACAUGAGGACCCCAUGGGUCAGCAAGGCUCUUUAGGUGAGCAGCAAUACUCCGUGCCUCCCCCGGUCUAUGGAUGCCACACACCCACCGACAGCUGCACUGGCAGCCAGGCCCUGCUACUCCGAACUCCCUAUAACAGUGACAAUCUGUACCAAAUGACCUCGCAGCUAGAAUGCAUGACCUGGAACCAGAUGAACCUAGGGGCCACACUGAAGGGCCAUACCACAGGAUAUGAAAAUGAUAACCACACCACCCCGAUCCUCUGUGGAGCCCAAUAUAGAAUACAUACUCAUGGCGUCUUUAGAGGAAUACAAGAUGUUCGGCGAGUGCCCGGGGUGGCCCCUACUAUUGUGAGGUCGGCAACGGAGACCAAUGAGAAACGCCCAUUCAUGUGUGCGUAUCCAGGCUGCAACAAGAGAUACUUUAAGCUGUCCCACUUACAGAUGCACAGCAGAAAGCAUACUGGUGAGAAACCCUACCAGUGUGACUUCAAGGACUGUGAACGGCGAUUCUCUCGGUCGGACCAACUCAAAAGACACCAAAGGAGACACACAGGUGUGAAACCAUUCCAGUGUAAAACCUGUCAGAGAAAGUUCUCCCGGUCUGACCACCUGAAGACUCACACCAGGACUCAUACAGGUAAAACAAGUGAAAAGCCCUUCAGCUGCCGGUGGCCCAGUUGUCAGAAAAAAUUUGCCCGCUCAGAUGAGUUAGUGCGUCACCACAACAUGCACCAAAGGAACAUGACGAAGCUCCAGCUGACACUUUAAAGG